AUGGCGGCUUCUUCAGUGCCGUUUUAUCCUCGAGUUAGAGAACCUUCUCCCUCACCUAAUCGUUCAACCAUGACAUUGUGCAGCGUAGAAAGAAGUUUAAAAUCCUGUUCAAAGGGUCGUUUGACUUAUGACCCUCACUGGAAGCCGACAAGGGAAAACUUGGAGGAAUUAUCAAAGCCCCCUUCCUUGUCACUAAAGCUGUCCCCUGUUUCGCUAUCAUCGACCACACGUACAAGUAACAAAAGAGACGGUAAUGUAAUCUUCAGUGGCGAAUUAGCAGAAUCAAAAGAUAUAGAGGAAUCAAACCAAACCGAUGGCAUGUCCUCUAGCAGCUAUCGAUCGGACACAGAAAGCGAUUCGGAAAAAGAAACACGUGCUUCAAAUGUACAAGUACCUAUGCAUGAGGAGUUGCUGGAGAAAGAACUUCAAGCAAGCUUCGAUUGGAUACAUGUCGCUGUUUAUAAUUACGGAAUGGAAAAGAAACGCCAAGCUGAAGAGGAGAUAGCCACAAGAAAAAAAAAGAUGGCAGAAAAUUCAAAGAGAUUGUGGGAGGAGAAAAAUCGUUAUUUACAACAAAAAGAGCACGAAAGGGUGGACGAAAUGAUCAAAUCUGUGCAGGCAUUACAGCGGGACGAGGAGAGAAAAACUGAAGAAGCCAAACAACGGCAACAGGAACUUAAACAGUCUCACGAAGCGUCGGCUGCGAGAGUUGUUAGAAAAGUUAAAGAAAUGGAAGAUUUAAGGUUAAGAUUGUUAAAAGAGGAACAGCAAGUCAAGAGAGGGCUACAACAGCUUGAGGCUUCAUGCAUAACUGUGAAAGAAACUGCACAAAAUAUAGAACAAAUUUUCAAAGAAUGCAAAUUUCAAUCAUAUUUGUCUACCUCUGCUUCAGACAUCCUCAGUGAGACGAAGGAGGUGUUGAAGUUGUCCCUAAGCAAUCUUAAUAGUGCAAAAGAAAAUGAGCGAGUGACAGAAGGAAUUGGUGAGAUUAUGCAGAAAUGUUUAAUUCUUAUUCCUGACUUGUUACAGAAAGCAAAAGAACUUGUUAAUGAGGCAAAUACCAAGGCUGCUAAGGAUGAAGCUGAUCGACAAAUCAAGGAAGAGGCAAAAGCCAAAGAGGAAGAGGAAAAAAAACAACAAGCAUUGAAAACUUCACAAGAAAAACAAACCGUCAGCUCCUCCACAUCAAAACCAACUUCCAACUCCAGCGUUCAAUCAAAGACUGGGAUAUCAAAAGAUCUUGCUUCCUGUAUUUCAGCAACAGCAUGGAAAGAGUUUUCCAGACUAGCAAGUUACAGAAGUGCUAUUGUCAAAGAAGCAGAGCCACUGAAUACUGACAAGACAUUGAAGCAAUAUAAAUUUGACCUUCACAAGGCUGUCACAACACCAAUCAAUGCUAUAUCUGACCAGUCACCCCGUCACCUGCGUGAUAAGAUUCAGCGCUUGGCUCAAUUGUUGUCUGGGCAAGCUGUACAAAUGGGAGGAAAACAGAUCUCAAUUAUCAAGCAUCCUGCAGCUAAGUCAUUCUGUAAAGAUCUCCUUGCAAAGAAACUUGUGCAACAAGGAUCACAGCAGGUUUCUUCUAGUCAUAGUUCUGCAUUUCCUAUUGCUGCUGUUAUUGUGGGAAUCUGGUCCAGGUUUCCUGACAUUGGUGAUCUCGUUCUAGCGCAGUUCUGUGACCAGUGUCCAUUCCUAGUGCCGUUUUACAUACCAAGGACAGCUGAAUUGACAGAUGUAGAAUACUUUGCAUCACUUGGCUAUCAGUGUUCUGAGGGUGAGAUUGAAGAACAAGACAAAUUUCUAAAGCGCAUGACUGGCAUUGUGCGACUAUAUGCAGCUGUUAUCUCAUCUCUACCUCCACAAGGACAAUCCCAACAACACCCUUUUGGACUUGAAAAAGGUUGGACGUGGUUGGCAAGAAUGCUGAACCUAGACCCAAGGCCUGAUUACACUGCUACAGCUCUCUAUGAAUUCCUGGCUGUGGCAGGACAUGCUCUGAUGAGGCAGUACAAGAAACAAUUUGGAAAACUGCUGAAUAUACUUGUGUUAGAAUAUGUGCCCAAGAUAGAGAAGGUAACUGCUAAGGCACAGAGUGGACCUGUGGUGAGACUUAAAGUGUUUUUGGAAACAUGUAUUAAAGAUCAAAAGAUUCCAGUUCCAGACGGCUACCUCACUCCCAAUUGGUGGCGGUCCCCAAGCUAUUAGGACAGUUUCCCAACCCGAUAACUCUUGGACGUGAUACAAAUGUAUCCACUCCUAAUAAUGUAUUCUCCAGCCGACAGUUGAUGAAAAAGAAAAAUGUAUUAGCUGGAGGGUGUUUCCAGUAUCUUGACUUAAAACAAAAUUUUCUGACAUUAUUUAGAAGGAAUGUUUAGCAGCUGGAAAGGAGAAUCACAAAUGAGAUCAGAGUGCAAAGCUUUCUCUGAGAAUAAUAAGGUAGCAAGCUGACCCACAAUAACAUGGAAAUGUUUACACUGGGGCCAAUAUUAGAAAAAAUGAACAUAACAUGUACUUUUGGGUGUCUCUAAGCCACAACUUUCCCAGUUUUUUAUUUUUUAAUUCUGACUUCACAGUUCAAUAUAUUAAUCACUGCACAAUUUAUAGCGAAAGAGCUGAAGGACAAUUUAAGUGGAUCUUCACUUUUUCAGCUUUGCUUCUUAUUAUUUUAUGUGAUAAUGCUAACAAACAACCGCAACAUAUCUCCAAAAGAAACCCUGCAUUUUCUCUGAUACUUUGCCAACAACACUGUGUGGAUAAUCCUGACUGGUUGCUUUCUCUUUACCUUUGUUUUUUUACUCCAAGGAAAGAGCCAACAAGAAGGAAGAAACUAAACUGCAUACAAUAGA